AUGAAAUUAUUAUUGAUAUUAAUAUGUAUAUAUUUCAUACCUUUCAAGAAAUGGUAUAUUCAAUGUCAAGAAGAUCCAUUAACUAUAUCAUCAACAACUGUUGAAACACAAUAUCUUCAUUUUAAUAUGACUCAUUAUGGAGUAGAUGGUGGUGUUUUUUCAAGUCCUAAUUUUCCGCAUAAUUAUCCUCAAGAUACAAUUUUAUUUUAUCAAUUUACAGCAUCAAUUGAUUAUCGUGUUGUUGUUGAAAUCGAUUCUUUUCAAAUACGUGGUGUUUCACCUCAAUGUACACAUGAUUAUUUAGAUGUUUUCAUAAAUCUUACUGAUUUUAAUUUUAUUCAUGAUCAAUUACUUCAUCGUUAUUGUGGUCGGAAUAAACCACCAUUAUUAAUAUCAUACACAAAUUUACUUUUACUUGGCUUUUUUACUGAAGAUACACAAACAGAACGAGGUUUUAAUGGUUCAUUUCAUUUUAUAUCCGAACAACGAUAUAAAAAUCAUCUUAUACAAGAACCAUGUAAUUAUAUUUUUAAUUCAUCGAUAUCAAAACGUGGAGAAUUUUCUUCUUCAACAUAUCCCGGAACUUAUUUACCAUGGCAAUUUUGUAAUUAUUCAUUUAUUGGUUUACCUGGUGAACGUAUUCAUAUUCGUUUUCGUGACUUAAUGUUAUUUAAAACAUUAAAUACUCAACAUUGUGCUAUUGAUUUAAUUCGUUUAUAUGAUAAUAUAUUUCAUUCAAAUGAACUUCAACAAAAAAAUUUUACUAAUAAAAAUAUUUUCUCAGAAGAAAUUAAUGAACAUCAUAUAACAGAUCUUUGUGGUACAUAUACAAUGCCACUUGAUAUUUAUUCAACAAGUAAUUAUUUAUUGUUCUAUUUUAUUACGACACAUUAUGCAGAGUUGACUGAUGAUGAACAAGCACGAUUAAAUGAUGCAUCAAGUCCAUUAUUAUGGCGAAAAGGUUUUUAUGCUGAAUAUGAAUUUUUAUCAACAUUAACUAAACUUGAUUUUAUAUCGAAAACAAAAUCAAAUCAAUAUUUAUCAGGUACGGAAUGUGAUCAAACAAUAAAAUCAUUUGGACAAGGUUAUGGUCAAAUUCAAUCACCUAAUUGGCCGAAUUUAUAUAAACCACAAACAUCAUGUACAACAUAUUUCUUAGGUAUUGAUGAUCGUUAUGCAUUAGAAAAUGUUGAAUUUGAAUUUGAACAAUUUGAUAUUGAUUGUCAAAUAGCAUCUUUUGUUAUUUAUAAUGCAAGUAGAAUAUAUGAUUAUAAUUUUAAUUUACGAUCAUCAUCUGUAUUAACAAAUACAAUGUCAAUAAUAAAAGAAAAAUCCCUAGCAUUUAAUAAUUAUUAUCAACAAGAUGUUGAUUUUAAAGAUAAUCUUACAUUUUGUGGUCAUUUUAAACCUGAAGGACGUUUUGUUUCACAAAAUGCAUUACUGAAAGUAUCAUUCGUUCCUAAUAAUCGUUUAACAAAUCGUAUUUCACCAUCAUUAUUAACUGGUGGGAAAUAUCAAGCAAAAUAUAAAUUUAUUAAAAGUUAUCAUCAAAUAGCUGAUGAUAAAUUUCAUGGAACAAGUUCGAAUGAUUGUAAUCUUGUAUAUUAUCAAUCACGUCGACAAAGUGGAAAAUUUGAACCACCACGUUCAUCACAAAAUGAUUAUUUUUCUAAUUCAAAUUGUACAUUUCAUUUUUAUAUUUCAAAUCCAAAUUUUCGUCUUCUUAUAUGGUAUGAUUAUUUUAUUAUUGCCGAUGAUGAUUAUACACAUUGUCCAUCCGAUAAUUUAACUUAUUCAUAUCGUUCAUAUAAAUCUUCAUCAUAUUCAUUAUAUCCAUAUAUUUAUUGUGGUUAUCAAAAUUUCCCUCCGCCAUAUUUAACAAGUUCUUCAACUGAACAAUUUCGUAUACAUUUUCGUUCAAAUAAUGAUUCGAAUACAAGUUUAGGUUUUAAUGGACGUUAUGAAUUUAUCAAUCAAUCACAUCAUUUAUUUUCAUCAAAAUGUCGAAAUCCAUUUGAUCCUAUUAUUGAUAUAGAUGAAAAUGAACAAACAUAUGGUAAUAUAUCAAGUAAUGGUUAUCCAGAAAAUAUUAUCUGUGAAUGGUCAUAUCGAACAACAUAUGGAUUUCAAUUUAAUUUACAAAUAACUAUUCUCGAUAUGGAAGGUUCAAAAAUACAAGAUCCACCAUUAGGAUGUCAAUCAUCAGUUUUAAAAAUUUAUAGUCAUGAACGAAUGGAUGAAUUAUGUGGUAAACAAGAAAAUAUAACGUAUAUUCUUACAAAUUCAAAUUGGUUUACUAUACAAUUUAUUUCUUUAAAUCGUCAAACAAAAGAAUAUUUACAAGGUUUUUAUUUAACAUGGACAAUUGUUCAAUUGAAAAUAAAUAAUCAAUGUUUAUUAUCUUCAAAUAAUUAUUUUGAUUGUCAAAAAUCAUCAACUAUAAAUGAAACAUCAUUUUGUAUUCAUCGAUCAUUAAUAUGUGAUGGAUUUAUACAUUGUCAACCGUUAUCAAAUCAUGAUGAAUUUUUAUCAAAUUGUUCUCAAAAUUCAUCAUCAAAUUCAUAUUUUAUAUCAUUUCCAUUUUUACGACAACAUUAUAUAUUAAUUUCAAUUAUUUUUCUACUUUCAUUUAUUAUAUUAUUUAUUAGUAUUAUAUUCAUUUUAUUAAUAAUUAAAACAAAACAAGAUUGUAUAGCAAAACAAAAGAAAAAUAAAUCGACGAAUAUUGAUUUAUGUGAUGUGGGUGGUGAUGAUGAUAAUGAAGAUUUUAGUGAUAUAAGAUUGAUAAAACAAACUGUUACAACAGUUUAA